AUGGCUAAGCUGGCGACUCGAAGAAGACACACAAACUCAAAGCUUGGCUGCGCCAACUGCAAGCGCAAGAAGAUCCGCUGUGAUGAAGUGCUACCGCAGUGUGAAAACUGCCAGAGGGCAAGGAGAGAAACAUGCUCUUACUUGUCGUUGCUGAGUGCCGAGAUUAAUCGCAUCAGGUUGACCCACUCCCUUAGAAACUCCCAGAAUAAGCUUCUUUCGAGCAACUUCCGUCUUCCGACGUCUACCAACAACUCGUUUGAAUGUCGUGAUUUGAUCCUGGAAGACCCAACAAAGGUGAAGCUGGAACAUAGCUCGCUCGAGUUCAAGUUUGAGCUUUCUAAGUUCAAGAAUAAGUUCCCUUCCCUGAGGUACUUGUCUAUUCAGUUCCACAACACCUUUAUGAAUACCUUAGAGCUUGACUAUAGACUGGACUCGGAUGAUCGCUCUCCCGACACCAACACUGUAGUGUCGGACCUCGGCUCUUCAGUUGAUCUGGCUGUUGCUGUGAACGGUAAGGCUCUCCCUAAUAGCAUCCAUCGCCCGACUCGUUUCCGCAAGAUAGACCAUCGUUCUGCCUUCGACAAGUCUAUAAACAAAAGGAACCCCAUGUGCGGUUUACUAUGGGACUUCAACCCGAACGCUUUGUUUUCCGAUAUCUUUUUCAUUUGCCAACGUUGUUUCAGUGCAUCGCUACUGCUCCAGCGUGCUAGACAGAACUACGCAUAUGGCCGGCCAAUCCCGCCUUCGACCAUCACUUCUCUAGAAUCAAAGUGUAACGCGGCAGUUAACGUCGUCAGACAGUUAUUUCCUGAAGCUAUGCGUACGUUUUGUGAAAACUUGGUCGUUGAUAUUCAUUCUCUCAAGGAGAUCAACAGACAGAGGUUUUACUUGGUUCUUGCUAACUGGCUCUGUGCAUGUGGCCUCUCUGUGCUUGACUGCUCCAUCCCUAUAGUCUUUACCUUCCUUGUGGGCCAAAGUAUCAUCUUUGAAGAAUAUAUUGGGUACACUUUGAAGCAUAAUCUGAAGCAAGGCGAUGGUGUUCAGUGGCUUGGCUUCAUGAAAGAGAAUAUUCUUUUCAUCCAUUUACCCCCAUACGAACCCGCCUUUCUCUACGAGAUGCGGUCUAAUCUAGACGCUUUAAGGGUGGUUUUCGAAAGCCAUUCUAUUCCUUUCGAAGACCAGUCGGACGCUAUUUAUUUCCAAAGACUUAAGCACUAUUGUUAUCAGAUGCUAGAGUUCCUCGAUACACAAAUUUUAAGUAUCGUAUACCUUUCCAGAAACGAACAUUUCGUCACCACUUAUCCUCCAACGGUGAUGUAUAACGCUGCAAGAAGAUGGUGGUUCCUCAUACCAUCCAAAUUCACCCAUCACAACCCCAAAAGCCCCGUCCAUGCAUUCCUUGAAAAUCUUACGUGUACGCUCAAAAUCUACCGUGCCUCUAUUUCAGUCGGCUUAGAUGCUGUGUUCCCAACAGCCAGGUACCUUUUGUCACUUGGAUUUGAGGAUCCAACUUUCCAAGUUAAGGAACAUUGCAGCGUCACGCGGCCUCACCCUAACGAAUUCCAUGAUCCCAACCUAGCUGAAUAUUUAUGGAGACAUAACGUAUAUGCUCUUCGAAUCUACGGUUUCUUCAAGUCUAGAGUCAAGUUGUUCAAGAACAACGUCAUUUGGAAAGGACCUUUCAGUGACUUGAACUCGAAUAACAGAUUCAGUGCUAGACACGUGAAGAACGCUCUUGAAAUCCCUAUUAGAAGUUUCAAUAACGUUGCUUUACGCCCUGAGCAUUACGCUCGCCAGAUUCAUGGACACUACGAUUCGAUUCUUAAAGAUCCUUCUGCUUCUGCUGUUUUCACACGUCCUGACGAACCACAACUUGAUCUCAGUCAGAGAUACGAUCAGUUCGAUGUCUUUGACUACAGUCGGGAUGUUCAGCUCAAGGACGAUUUCUCGUGCCAAUUCGAUUAUUCACCUGUCAUUCAAGAUUAUGUCGAAGAACAGGAAUAUUCCGUCGAAGACUUGAAGACAUACUUCGAAGACCGUAAAGGUAUUCUUCAAGGCAUCUUCUAA